CACCAUAAAAGAAUGACUAUCUGUCAACAGCAAUAUUCAUUGCGAUGAUUCCGAUUAUAAGAAUUUUUAAAUAAAAUCGCAAUAUUAAUUAAAGGUUAACAUAGAGAAGAAACCAGGAAUUAAUGAAAUUAUUGAAACAUUGACGCUUGGUGUCAAAUUUUAGUUAUCAUGCAAAUUACAAGAACGGAAAUCCUGAAACUUUACAAAAAUCUUAUGUUGUAUUCGAAGUCACUGACAUUCACUGAUCCGGCGUACUUUAGACGGAGAGUGGCCACGGAAUUUCGUAAUAAUAAAUCAUUAACUAAAGCUAAAGAUAUUACAUUUGCGUACCAGAAAGGAGAAGCUCUGUUGCGCCGAGGUGCUGUGGUGUAAAAUGCUGCUCAACCCACUGGGCCGCCUGCAUGUGGGUGUUGUGUCCCGCAUGUGUACGGCAUUCAAACACACUAUAGACUACUCCAAGGUCCCUAAAAUCAAUGAAAGUGAUUUGUCAGAGCAGUUUGUUAGAGGCAGUGGACCUGGUGGCUCUGCUGUCAACAAAAAUGCAAAUUGUGUUGUUCUUACACAUAUUCCUACAGGUCAUGUAAUAAAAUGCCACACAAGUAGAUGCCAAGAUGAAAACAGGAGCAGGGCUCGUGAGAUGCUAGUUACAAAGUUAGAUGAAGAGCUGAAUGGAGAAGAUAGUGUGACAGCACAGAAGAGAAGAUUAGAAAGCAAUAAGUAUAAAAAAACAGAAUAUAAGAAAAAGAAAAUGGCACAAUUAAAGAGUGAGUGGAAGAAACGGGAAGGCUUGGCCUAAAGCCUUAGAUACUGGAUUGUAAUGUACAUAAUGUAAAACUAGUUGUUCAUAGUUGUUAGAUUAAAUAAGCAAUAAUGUGUGA